AUGUUCUCUCGAAUAUCGCUUUUUUUAGCGUUAUUCCUGGCAGGUGAGUUCUUAAUGAGCCACGCUGUGCCAGAUCUUGAUGAGAUCAAAAGAAAUCUGAAAAAGAAUCCGAAUCACUAUAGGGAUGCUCCAACAUUGGAUGAAAAUACAGUAAGGUUACUGAAAGUGGAUUAUUGGUUUAGAACUGAGUCGAUGCUCUAUGAUGACUUGGAUCAUAAGGAAAAGGAUCCAUCUACGGUGAUUGCUGGAAAUUAUACUUUUGAAACACUACAUCAUGAUGUGGAAGGAGGAAUGCUGGGAAGGAUUUCGCUAACUCACUGUAAAACUGGCAACUGUGGAGAACCAUCACCAAUCUACAUAUCUUUCCGACAAGGUGGUAAUAAUGUAGAGAGCGUUUUCAAGGCUUCAGAGGAUAGUGAUGCCUCAUGGAACUUCUUGUACGGAAUCGCCAACACUAUCUAUACUCCACAAGAGUAUGGAGAAGGAGACGAGCAGACUGUUGAUACGAUUUAUGGAAAAUGCCGAGUAAAUUUUGGAAGACCAGAAGACAAAAGAUUUAGAAGAAUCAUUGACAAGUGUGAAUUGGGUUAUGGACACAAUUUCACAAAGUUUGAAGGAAUAGAGAGUGUUACUUAUGAUCAGGAUGUUUGGUAUACAGGGUUCAGACAAAACACAAAAGUGGAUGCUGAUAUUAUUAUGAUUGACGCUGUGGAGAUGUUGGCAUUCAGAAGUCCGCUUCACGAAAAACACGGCUUCCAUGUAGAAUCCAGAACUCAUGUCGAGAUUCAUAACCGCACUCGUGUCUUUGUAACCAGAUACUGCGAAGAUACUGUACCAUCUGCCCAGUGUGCGGAGCAAGCAUUCGGAGCCGUCCGAGUUGGAGGAAAGCUUUAUGAUAAUGUGAAGAUUGGACAAGAGAAACCAAACAAGCUCACCAAGUUAAUUGGAACUUAUAGAAGACAUUUGAACGAUAUGGGAGACUCUCAUAUAUGUGAACAGCAUCCUUUGUUGUAUGGGCAUAUCUUGCAGGAAGCUAGAUUAGCAAAACGAGAAGAUUGGGAAGCAGCUAUUCGGUAUCCGGAAAAUGAUCAUGUUUUAUCUGUUAUCGCUAGCUCUCUUGGAAGCGUUGGUACUGCUGAAUCUGUCACCACUGCUCGUGAAGUUCUCCUUACAAACUCCCCUGACCAUCUCGAUGAUCUUCUAUUUGGAAUGUCCCAAAGUUCUUCAAACAAUGAAAAGUGGCAUAAACAACUUAUGUAUUGGCUAGGAUCCCUAAAUAAAGAAUCCGAGGAUUAUUGGAAACUGGCUAACACAAUUGCAACGAUUCUUCGUAAAAGGUGUGAGGCAACAUCAAGUAGUUUGAAUUCUUGUAAUAAGGGAAAGGAGACGUUUCCUCUCUUUCAGAUUGUGAACAAGCUUAUCAAUGAUUUGAGUGCUCCUGGAGUUAAUGCUAAAGUUUUGGAAGUUCUAGAAAACAUCCCAGUCUUUGGAUCCUAUAAUAUUGCCAAGAAAUACAUCUGUACAGAAGAAUCGGCUGAUAUCCAGAAAGCUGCUCUUAACGUUAUUCUUGCUGCGAACAAAAACCUAUACGAAACCCAACUCACCCAUAAACUAAUCCGUGUUUUCCGAAACACUUGUCCCCAACAAACUCCAACCUCUCAUUCUCAAUUGGCAAUCGAUAUCCUUCUGAAAUGCGUACCCGAUCAUCAAAACGUGGCGACGUUGAUUUUGAGAACCGAAUCUUUGAAUCCAGAUGAUCAAGAAAAAUGGAACUACCUUUAUAAAGCAAUCGAGUCAAGUGGAAAACGAGACGAGUUGAAAGCCGAAUUCUGGUCGAGGAUGAGACAAUUCAAAGUGUUUAGACCAAACUUUUUGCACAGAGCCCUUCAAGCUGAUUCUCAUGUACAUUGGCAAAACAUUGCAGAUGUGUCAGGUUUUUAUCUAUUCUCAACCGCUACCGCAGAGUUCAUCCAUAAAUCGUUCAAAAGAUCCAACUUUGAACUGUCGCUCAAAAAAGGAAGAAUGGAUCAUAGUUUGUUCUCGGUUAGUAUUUUAAAGUGGUUUGACAUUAUAUACUAUUUCCAGCUCUCUAUCGACACCGAACAUCUCGAUCAAUUUGUUACUGGUUCCGCCUCUUCAACAUCUGGUACUCCUGAAGGAUCAGUCCGGAUAGGAGUCGCUGGACACAAACUUCCAACCAACCACAUCUUCAAAGGUAGCACUGACCUUCUCUCCACAGUAUGGGAUGCCGAUGGCAGAACCCAUAAGGUUUUUGAAGGACACAUUCCAGUCAGAAACACCCGUGUUUCUGUACCAUUGUUGUCUGGAUUAACUGUGGAUGUCGAUAGUAUCGGGGCGAUUACUUUGAGAGUUUUGGCAUCGGCUGAGGUUUCAUUAUGGAAUCAAAGAUCCAAUGCAAAAGCAGAAGCAUACACAUCUGGCUCUCUCCAUCUCACUGCAUCACUGUAUCAAGAAUCCCAACAAGUUCGCAAAAUUGAAUCUACUAUCUCAGCAUUAUCCACGUUCACCAUUGACACCAGAGCAAUUUUCGAGUCUCUCCCUUACGAUUUCUGUCUGAAGACAUCGAAUAACAACGUGGAUGUUAAUCAGAAAACAGUUAUUGAAGAGGUGUCGCAUAAAAAGAAGACGUAUAACAGGAAACGAGUUCAUCCAGGAGUCACUUAUAGAUUGGAUGAUUCAACGAUUCGACAGUGUACUAAUUAUUUAGAGCAGUUCAGAUUAUAG